UUCUGAAAUUCUGAACUAUGGCUUCAACACGAGAAAGAGAGGAGAGAGAGUGAGAGAGAAGAGAAGAGAGAGAGAGAGAGAGAAUUUGGUGGUGAGACGAUCGGGGACGGUUGUUUGUUCCUCGAACCGUUGGAUUUUUGUUCAGAUUUGAGCUCAAAUGGAGGCUUAGAUCUCGGAAUUGCGAUUUCUUUCGCCGUUUUAGGUUUAUUUUUACUUGAUUUUUUUUUUUUUUUUACUUCUUUCAUGUAAUCAUCACUUUUUGAUUCGGAGAUGGUAACUAAUCAAGAACUCUGCUUUUCUUUCCUUAUCCAAUAAGCUUUUUCUUUUGGCGAGAGAAUUCGAGUGUUCAUCCUCGUCUCCACUCUCUCUACUCUUUCAGAUCUAAUCUCAAGGUGCAGGAUUUGUUUUUCCUUUUUCAAGUUCCAGGUUUGUUUGGAUCCAGAUUCGCUCAUAGAGAGCUGGAACUCAGCGAACUGAUCUAUUAAUCGCUGCAGUUCAGAUAAAUCUUUUUUAUUAUUUUUCUGAUCUUGCUGAUCUGAACUUUUAGCUGGUUUAGUUCGUACAUCGUUUGGUGUCUGUGGAGCUUUCGUGGGAUUUCUUCGAGCUGUUUGCUAUUUUUCUGCUUGUCGGGUGGACAAGUGAAAAGAGUAACUCUUGCAUCUUGAAGAAGCAGAGGUUUUCCGUUCUCUCCUGGAGCGAAUUUGUACAUCUGGGAGUGCACGUGUAUGCUUAGUAUCAAUUUUUGUUGUUGAAGCAUGAAUUACUUCCCGGAGGAGGUGGUAGAGCACGUUUUCGAUUUCUUGAGGUCGCAUCGAGAUCGCAAUGCGGUGUCUUUGGUCUGCAAAUCGUGGUAUGCCGUGGAAAGAUUCAGCAGGGAAAAGGUAUUCAUAGGGAAUUGUUACGCGAUCAGCCCGGAGAGGCUCAUCGAGAGGUUUCCCAGGCUUAGAUCUCUUACGCUGAAGGGAAAGCCCCAUUUUGCUGACUUCAAUUUGGUCCCUCAUGAUUGGGGAGGAAUUGUGUACCCAUGGAUUGAGGCCAUGGCCAAGAGUCGUGUCAAUCUGGAGGAGCUGCGAUUGAAGAGGAUGGUGGUUUCGGAUGAGAGCCUCGAGCUACUUUCUCGAGCUUUUGUAAAUUUCAAGUCUUUGGUCUUAGUUAGCUGUGACGGGUUCACCACUGAUGGUCUCGCUGCCAUAGCCUCAAAUUGCAGGUUUCUGAAAGAGCUGGACUUGCAAGAAGAUGAAGUUGAGGAUCAUAGUGGCCAGUGGCUUAGUUGCUUUCCUGACAGCUGCACAUCACUUGUCUCGUUGAAUUUUUCUUGCCUCAAAGGAGCAGUUCAGCUGCCAGCCCUUGAGAGACUGGUAGCAAGGUGUCCAAAUUUGAGAAGCCUGAGGUUGAAUCAUUCAGUGCCCAUUGAUGCUUUGCAAAGGAUACUGGCAGCAGCACCCCAGCUGGUUGACUUAGGCACUGGGGCCUUUGUUCAUGAUCCAGAUUCAGAUACGUAUCAUAAACUAGAAGGUACAAUCCGGAAGUGCAAAUCAAUUAGGUGCUUGUCAGGGUUCUUGGAGGUUGCUCCCCACAGUUUGUGUGCUAUUUAUUCAGUUUGUGCGAAUCUCACAUCCCUGAACCUGAGCUAUGCUCCAGAUAUACAUGGCUUUGAGCUUAUAAACCUAAUACGUCACUGCAGGAAACUUCAGCGUUUAUGGAUAUUGGAUUGCAUUGGAGAUAAAGGUCUGGAUGUCGUGGCUUCCACUUGUAAAGAACUGCAGGAGUUGAGGGUUUUCCCAUCUGAUGUCGCAGCGGGACAUGCUUUUGUAACUGAAGAAGGCUUGGUGGCUAUCUCCUUUGGCUGCCCCAAGCUUCAUUCUUUGCUAUACUUCUGCCACCAGAUGACCAAUGCUGCCCUCAUUACAGUGGCCAAGAAUUGUCCGAAUUUUACCCGUUUUAGGCUGUGCAUCCUGGACCCAACAAAACCAGACGCUGUCACUAAUCAACCACUGGACGAAGGAUUUGGGGCAAUCGUUCAAUCUUGCAAGGGUCUUAGGCGCUUGUCAAUGUCUGGCCUCCUAACUGACCAGGUUUUCCUAUACAUUGGAAUGUAUGCGGAGCAGCUUGAAAUGCUUUCAGUUGCAUUUGCUGGGAACAGUGACAAUGGAAUGCUUUAUGUUCUGAAUGGCUGCAAGAAGCUUAAAAAGCUAGAGGUCAGGGACAGCCCUUUCGGUGAUGGGGCGCUUCUAAGGGACGUAAGUAAGUACGAAACAAUGCGAUCCCUUUGGAUGUCGUCUUGUCAAGUAACCGUUGGAGGCUGCAGGACAGUAGCAGAGACGAUGCGGAGACUGAAUGUGGAGAUCAUAAACGAAGGCGAACAGCUGGAGGCGUCGCCUGAUGAUGAUAGACAAAAGGUGGAGAGGAUGUACCUGUAUCGGACCUUGGCCGGGCCAAGAAGAGAUGCACCGGGCUAUGUGUGGACUCUAUAGAUUCAUUUUCGGCGCAUUUUGCAUCUCUUCUUCGGGGUAAGGACAAAUUAUUUCUUGUUAUGAGCUAGGCGUACUUUUAUAUAUAUAUAUAUAUAUAUAUAGAUGAACCAACAAUUUUUAGUCUGCUGAUGAUGAUGAUGAUGAUGAUGAUGACUUGGCUGUAUAAUUGGUGGAUUUGGUAUUAAUGGGAUUAGUAGUGUUUAUUAAUAAUAUUGUUUUAGUGUACAAAGCUGAGUUACUGUGUGUG